AGCCCUCCCUCCCUCCCACAGUCCCAUGGCCGCAUGCCGGCAUGGCGCUAGCAGCCUCGGUCCGUCCUCCUCCAAGGCUCCAACGCCUCAUUGCCUCGUAACCGCCGCCGGAAUCAACCAAUCCAAAGCUUCGGGCUCUAUCCAAUCCACGAGGCGAUCCCGAUGGCCAUGGCGGCCUCGCCCCCGCUGACAUCGUGGAGAUGGAGACCUCUCCUCGCGGCGCAUCCACGGGCGAAUCGGUCUCCCGCCCUGCGCCCGCGGGCGCCCGCUUCUCCUCUCUGGACCUCCAUUCCCGGCAAUCCAUGUGCCGGAGCCGCCGUCGCGAGGACGCCCUGUGCGGCGGCGGUAUCAGGUGGCGCGAAGGCGGAGGUCACGGAGCGGGAGGCGCCAGAUUGGGAUGGUCUGAAGCGGGUGGCGCUGGUCGCGCUUGGCUGCUGCGCUGCGGCCGCCGUGCUCGGCUGCGGCGCGGCGCGGGCGUCGGCGGAGGACUCGAUCAGGGCGUCCGGGUUCGGGCUGCGGGUGGCGGAGUCGCUGCGGAGGCUCGGGUGGCCCGACGACGCCGUCGUGUUCGCGCUCGCCACGCUGCCGGUGAUCGAGCUGCGGGGGGCGAUCCCGGUCGGGUACUGGAUGCGGCUCCACCCAGUCCGCCUCACCGUCCUAUCCGUUCUCGGGAACUUGGUGCCUGUGCCAUUUAUCAUCCUCUACCUGAAAAAACUUGCGACUUUUCUCUCCCAGAGAAGCGCCUCUGCAACCCGAUUUAUGGACCUUCUCUUCGAGCGGGCACGGCGGAAGGCUGCGCCUGUUGAGGAAUUCCAAUGGCUUGGAUUGAUGUUGUUUGUUGCCGUUCCGUUUCCUGGAACAGGGGCAUGGACAGGGGCGAUCAUUGCAUCUGUCUUAGGCAUGCCGUUCUGGUCAGGUUUCUCAGCUAAUUUUAUGGGAGUCAUCCUAGCAGGCCUGCUGGUGAACUUGCUCAUGAAUCUCGGUCUGAAAUAUGCGAUUAUCACUGGAGUAGUUCUGUUCUUUGUAUCUUCUGCCAUGUGGAGUGUACUUCGAUCCCUCAAGAAGUCAGUCAAUGCCAAAUGAUCUAACAAGUCUCCACGAAGUUGUUUCUGAUGCCUGGAGAGUUCACCCUUACGUGGGGAUUACAGUUGGGUAAAAUUUUCUCUCUUUUUUCUUUUGCUUGUAUAUGCAGAGCUACCUCUGGAGCUAUAUCUUCUCGUCUCUGCAGCCGUUACAGUGAUUUUAGUAGAGUAACUGUAGGCGUGCCGGUGCCGCACAAUUUUCAAUCAAGCUUACAUAUUUGUUUC